GCCACUGACUACAUUGUAUCAGCGUUUAACAAGCUUACUAUCGGCCAAGCAGAACGGUUCCAAACCAGACUCGGAGUCAUUCGUUACGCUGACAGUGUUGAACUGCUCGCUGACCUCAACGAUUAUACUUCAACAGCAGAUCUACUCGACUUGGACAUACCGAUUAUGAACGAAAUCGGUACAAAUAUCGAGGGGGCGAUCCAUUUGGCAACGUCGAAAUUUUUAUCUCCUUCUCAUCGCGCUGCUGCUCGCCCCGUACUCAUUAUUGUCGCAAAUGGAGUGAAGUCAGUGUUGGUUGACGUGUACUUUUGCAACGGCAUUUGGAAUCCAUCUGGCUCAGUGGCUACGUAUCCAGCAGCGAGCGAAGCGGAAUCCAAUAUGCAUGGCUGA